CCGCCACCACUUUUCCACCACUCCUCGCGCCUCGCCACCCAACGGCGGCCACGCACAUUUAUCAGCAGCGGCAGAAGCGGCAAGCCGGUGGUGGUGGCGGCGGCGGUGAAGGGGCCAGGGCUGAACGAGCUGAGGGGACGUUAAUAAAACAAAUACACGGACGGAGAGGAGAGAAGGAGACAUCUCUGCCCCGAGACAUGACUUCGAGAAGAUGGUUCCACCCCAACAUUUCAGGGAUCGAGGCGGAACAUCUGCUAAUGACGCGUGGCGUGGAUGGCAGCUUCCUUGCCCGACCCAGCAAGAGCAACCCCGGGGAUUUCACGCUCUCCGUGAGGCGGAACGGCGAGGUGACGCACAUCAAGAUCCAGAACACGGGCGACUACUACGACCUGUACGGCGGUGAGAAGUUCGCAACACUCGCCGAGCUCGUGCAGUACUACACGGAUUACCAGGGCCAGCUGCGCGAGAAGAACGGAGACAUCAUCGAGCUGCGAUUCCCGCUCAACUGCGCCGACCCCACGUCCGAGCGUUGGUUCCACGGUCAUAUCAGUGGGCGCGAUGCCGAGAAGCUGCUGACGGAGAAGGGGCGUGCGGGCAGCUUCCUGGUGCGCGAGAGUCAAAGCAAGCCCGGAGACUUCGUGCUGUCGGUGCGCACGAGCGAGGACCGCCUCGACAACAACGAGAUCCGGCCCAAGAUCACGCACAUCAUGAUCCGAUUCCAGGACGGCAAGUACGACGUGGGUGGUGGUGACAAGUUCGACUCCCUCACCGACCUGGUGGAGCAUUACAAGAAGAACCCCAUGGUGGAGACCUCUGGGACGGUGGUGCAUCUCAAGCAGCCGUUCAACGCCACUCGAAUUAGCGCUUCGAGUAUCGAGCACCGUGUCAAGGAGCUGAGCAAGACCGCUGACAGCAUGGACAAGUCAAAGCAGGGCUUCUGGGAAGAAUUUGAGGCUCUGCAGCAGCAGGAAUGCAAACUUCUCUACAGCCGCAAAGAGGGGCAGAGGCCGGAGAGCAAAGCCAAGAACCGCUACAAGAACAUCCUGCCGUUCGAUCACAACAGGGUGAUUCUGAAGGAUGGUGAUCAGUCCAUUCCUGGCUCCGACUACAUCAACGCCAACGUGAUCACACAGGCAGACAUCGACAAUGGGCGAGUGGGCAGCAAAGCGCCGAAACGGUACAUAGCAACGCAGGGCUGCCUACAGAACACCAUCGUGGACUUCUGGAGGAUGGUGUACCAGGAGAACUCGCGUGUCAUCGUCAUGACGACCAAGGAGGUGGAGCGCAGCCGGAACAAGUGCGUGCGCUACUGGCCGGAGGAGAGCUGCACCAAGGACUACGGCUACCUGCGCGUGUACAACGUGCGCGAGCUCUCGCUGCACGACCACGUGCUGCGCCAGCUGGAGCUCACACACGUCGAGCACCUGGAUGACACGCGCGUCGUGUGGCAGUACCACUUCAAGGCGUGGCCCGACCACGGGGUCCCCAACGAGCCAGGAGGGGUCCUCAGCUUCCUCGACGAGGUCAACCGCCGCCAGGAGGGCAUCUCCGAGGAGGGGCCCAUAGUCGUCCACUGCAGCGCCGGGAUUGGCAGAACGGGCACUUUCAUCGUCAUCGACAUCCUCAUCGACAUCAUCCGCCAGAAAGGGCUCGAUUGCGACAUCGACAUUCCCAAAACCAUCCAGAUGGUGCGGGCGCAGCGGUCGGGCAUGGUGCAGACGGAGGCGCAGUACAAGUUUGUCUACAUGGCGGUGCAGCAGUACAUCGAGACGGUGCAGAAGAGGCUAGCCGAGGAGCAGAAGAUCAAGAAGAAGGGAGUGGAGUACACCAACAUCCAGUACUCCGCCGCCGACUUCGGGGGCGGCGAGGGGAACAUGACGCCCCUCACACCGGGCCGAGUGUCCCUCUCGAGCCAAGACUCUGCGCGACUUGGCCUCUAUGAAAACGUCUCGAAUCUGCCGCUUAGCAAGGCCUCCGGCAAGCUGUGAUGGCGGAGCGUCUCGGUGCAGAUGGGUGCCGGUUCAAGGAGGAGAGAAAACAUUUUUUCUUUGUAAAGGAACAGUUUUUAUUCUGACAUGAGCCGAUAAGCGCGUGUGCCCGCAGAAGCGAGAUUGACUCUCAUCGCAUGGCACAGCACAGACUGAUGGUAGGAAACUUCUGCUUUUUUUGUGCGGGGGGGGCGGGCGUGGUUUUGCUAUUUUCGACUGAAUCACAGAAGAAAAAAAAGCACGGGGAAAAUAAAAAUAUGGAAGCCGUCGCGAAAAAAUAUCACGAAAAAAAAGUUGGGAUAUUUUUUUUCUGAAGUGCCUCCCCCUCCCUUGUCCGCCGUUGUCAACAGAUUCCACCGUGAACAAAACCAACCCCUCCCUCCGGCUCCCGUGUUGUUUCUGUCGUUAAUUUACACGCGAGACGUUCCUCCAUGUGUCACACGGAUGAGUCGACACUGCGGCAGUACACGGAAACGUUACUUUAUUAAUAGCGCGUUACUAUUUUAGCAGUCGCUAUAUAUAUACACAAAAAUAAUGGGUAUUUUAAUGCGAAAAAAAACUUCCAUCCACCCACUCGCCCACGCGGAUCGUUGACAACGCUAUUUGCAAACAGAUUUAUGGGAGGACAGGAAAACAUAAAAGUGUUUUUACAUAUAUAUAGAAAACAAAAAAAGAACAUGAAAAUAUACAUUUAUCCGCUUAAAUGUGUUUGCACAAUGUGUGGUGUUUGGGUAAUUUGGGUUGUAUAAUUGACACGAUGCUUGAUUAUUAUAUUAUUUUAUAUUGGUAUGUAAUGGUCUGCUUCAUAUUCCAGCACGAGGCAGCAAAAAAAAACAUUGCACAUCUUCAAGUUGACUAAAGGUAUAUCAUUUUAUGAAUGCGCUACUUAAAAACAUGUGUGUGGACAUGAACGCUUUCAAGGAGUUCGCAUUGUUUUAUUCAAAUUUUUUGUUGUCCUAGGGGCCUUGGCCUAAUUUCGAAUCUCGCAUUUAAGUCGUAAAAAUAUCGUCGGUUUUUUUAAAAGUUUAUUUUAGUUUUAGUUUGUUCGUUUUUUUUGCUUCAAACAAGUGCUUGCGUGUGUAAAAAGCACCUGCCUAGUUCGGAGCAAAUGCGUCAUCGUCCGUCUUCAGACAGUGUUAGAAACUCGACUUUCCGUAGCCGUCGAGAAAGGUUCCAGCUUUUUAAAAUUAUUUUUAUAACUAUUCUCAUUGGUUACAAAUGUUUUGUGUUUAUUGGACUUGGGCGCGUUGGGGGGUGGGGGAUACGCGACGAAGGGAGUGUCCGUUCUGGACCCGUCGUCCUGCUGGGCAGGCAGCAGGUUGAUGGGUCACAUGCGGAGCAGUGAGGAACAGCAGGUGGUGACGUGGCAAGUGUGAGACUUAGUAGACACCCGUUGGAGGGACUAGAUCCAUUGGUCAAUGGUCAGUGCAGAAGGAUAAAAUGUUAAGCUUGGACGUAAGCAACAGGGGAAGGGAAUCUGAAAUGCGGACGCUCAAGCGGAGAUAGUUGCUGACGGAGAGGUCAGUCGCAGAGGAGUGACCGCCCUCCCAUUGAGUGGAGUUUUGAUACCUUGGCCAUUAAAAUGUAACGAUGCGAGCACACUGCCCUGUGGUUUACGCUGAGAUGUGGCCACCACUUCCGUCCGGUGUGGUGGGCUGAUUUCCAGGACUGCUGGAGGACCUUCUCCUGGAAAAUUGAAAACAAUAUCUACGUACCAAUGUUUUGUAAACUUAAAGCUGAAACCUUCCUCGAUGCGACGCUAAGUACAGUACAGUUUAAUAGGACGGCUUUUGGUAAUAUAUAUUUUCUAUUGUCGGAUAUCCCUUGUGUUUAUUUUAUUCAGACUGUUAUACUACUAUUAUGAUAUUGCUCUUAUUGUUAUUACAAUUGUUAAGCACUAAAAAAAGACUGAAAGCAGCAUACAUGUCCAGAGGUGUUAUUAGUAUUUGAACUGAAAUACUCAAUGUUCCAGUGUUGAGAUAACAAGCUAUGCGAUACAUUUCAAGUUAGAAUUGAAAGUAGUUUUUUUCUGCCACCAUGCCUAACAUUUCAUCCCUUUGGACGUUAAGCGUCUUCCCCGCCCCCACCCCGUACAGCUCUCCGAUUGUAUCUUCGGUUUGUACCUCGUGUCGUUGGGCACGACGUCCGACGUUUCGUUCCGCGUGCCGUGAGAUACGGUUCUUGAAUUAAGCAGCAAAUUUUUUUUUCGUCAUACUGCAUUGCCAAGUGAGCACACAAGCAUAGAAGAAAAAAAAACAGAACACGUUCGUUCGUCAGUAACGCUGCCCUCAACGGAAAAAGAUAAAUGUAAUAACUUGUAGGGCAAUGGCCCUUUAUAGCAGAAGAAGCUCCCUUGCACGUGGAGCAAAACUUCGAACGUCGCGCCAGACAACACUCGGCGCUAAAAACCCAAACACCCAUCGGAGAUGUGGACGAAAACCCACGGCGGGCAGGUACACACCGCUAAUGCGGGAGCCUCGGGUGUUUCACAGCCAAUCGGCACUAACUAGGAGCUGUUUGGAAACACGUGGCCCAUUGGUCGUUAGGUGGCUUGGAUUUCGUAGCAUAUACCGCUUUUAAUUAACGAUCUCGGCAGCUCUGCCAUCACCGGUGGGGAUGGCUACGAUUGGCACGGAGGUCACAGAAAUCGUGAGUUUGAAUGAAGUCCCAGAACGAUUAUAAAUGGCCAUAGGAAAACACAUUGCAAUCAGGUGCUUACUUUAUUUCCUUUCGAGACUGCCGUACGUUACACGCUGAAAAUAUUUUCUGUACGGAGGACGUACGGCAUUCAUCGCAGGUUGGCCAACAGUGUUUGCAGUGGCGGCUUGGUGGGUGGUGCUGGUGCCAUGGUGAUAAAUAACUACUCUAUUUGAUUACCUGCAGCGUUGAUCAGCUUUGUUUUCUCCCGCACCUCCGCCGUUUAAUUCGACUCUAAAUUAUUGUGCCAAAAUCGUAGCCGCCGCCGCUCUCGUGUAUCCACAAUGCCAACACGCGAGGGCAGGUUGUUUUUUUUGGUUGUUGCGGCAUUGCCAAAAUCGUACACCCGGAGAGAAUGCCACGACCAAACUGGCUGGCUCCUGGUUACUUUAACGAACCUCGCAAGGGAAUUCCAGCAGGCGCUCUUAUGGAGAAACGUACGUUCUUUAGGCCGUUUCAGACUCAGAAAUGUCUGGAUGGCGAAUACACUUUUGGUGUGUGCCUGGCCCACGAGUUGCCAAAACCUUUUGUUGGCUCUUGGUAAUGAAUUCAGGAGGUACCCCCACCCCCCCUCCCCCACAUCCUGAUUGAAGGGAAGUUCUGGAAAUGCGUUUUGCAUUGGACAGAAAAGGGCAUUUGAGAAGUUUUUUGAACCCCUGAUUGUAAACUGAUUUUAUUUUGGUAAUUUACCCGUUCGCAUUUUUCUAGGGUGUGGUGAAGAUAGGGCAGUGGCUGUUUUGCAAAAAUAAAAUGGAGGUAAAAAGACAAGAGGCCAGUUUAUAAAAAAAUGUUGAACAUAAAUGUAAGUUUUCACUGACAACACGCAGAAUGUCUGACCUUGCCAAUGUGUGCAAUGCAGGUAGCGAGAGUGAGCACGCUAGCAUCCACGCUCGCGUGUCCUCUUAACAGCCCGAAGCCGGCUCGGCGAAACAUUUUACCAAAAUCCCAUGGUGAAUAUUGUACGCUUUACACGUAACGACCGCUGUAGCCUCAACCAUAACCCACCCCCACUUUUCUCCGCCCACCCACCCCGAUGGUGGUGCCACUGUUGGUGAUAAUUAAUGUCGCCUAAACCCGUCUCGUCUGUCACAGUAGUCGCGUUCAGUUUUAAAUACAGGGCGAUUCAUUUGUAUAUACCCUACUGGUUUGUAAUUGACCGUCUCGCCUGCUUCUCAACAGCUUGACCGCAUAUCGUGAAAGCAACAACUCCGUAUCUUAAUAGCGGGAGAGCAUUGACAGAUUGGUGCGAGGAAUGUGUACAUGCUUUGAAAAAAUGCGGUUGUUUUCUCCGUAAUUAUUGUUUUAACGGGGGUAAUCUGCUGAUGGAUCGCCCAGAAGUCUGCCAGGAAAGCCUCCACCACCGAGUCUCUGCGAGAAAUGAUCACUGGCGCUCAGGUUUUGCUUGAGAGAAAUGCGAUGGCCGAAUAAUUUUUUAAAGAAAAUUAUUGUCUGCCAGUGGGCAGAGCGUAGAGUGCCCUAGCCGGAGAGGGCCCAUUCUUGUGAAGGGAAUGAACCCUCAAGAUGAGAUUGAGAACAAAACUUUCAAACCUUGUAGGGCUGUAACCGCAUCAUAAAGUACUACACGUGUUAUUUUUCCAGUAGUUUGGCAUUUCAAACACGUCGUCGUCAUAAUCGUGGCCCCCGUUGCUUAAAAGUCCACCAAUGCAAGGUGGCCCCUGGUGGCUCAGAGGUCAAGGCCACUGAGCUGGCACCCCUGAACUUAUGAAUUUGAAUCCAGGCGAGGUUGCCUGCGACUAAAACUGGGUUCUCAAGUGCGGCGAGUUGGUGGUCUCAGCCCGUUCACCAAUGAUGACACGCAACUUGCACAUCGCGUUAAAUGUGAUUCUGCGCUUAAUUGUGCCACAGCUCGCCUCGGAGAAUUAAAAACGCCAGUUUGACCGGCACGUAACGAACAUUACUCUCGGUAGCCAGAACGCGUGGGUAGCUCUGUGACAUCCGCUUCUGGGGGCGGUUCUCUGAUGGGGUUUCACUUCUUUGUCGGAUAUCCGAAUGGCAACCGUGCCGCUAAUGAACGCACUCUGCGGCUGCAGAGCGUAACGCGUGCGCGCGGCCGGCGAUGUUGGUCGCGGGAUGACGGGUGGAACGUUUCACGCUCGGUGAGCUGGCACAUCCCAUCCUCCGUGCCGCUCCGUGCGGCUCACUUUUAGGUUGUCUCAGCGCAGCGUUUCUCAACUCCAGUCCUCUCAACAAUACGCACACCCCACCACGCCUCUGCCUCUUCGCAAUUACCAAAUUUAUUUUAAUUCAUAUGCAAAGUAAGCCAUUGCACGCUGAACGCUCCUGAUGGUUGGUGAUGGCCGAAAGCUGUUACUGCAGGAGUUGGGGUUGGUAGCGGUGGUUGUGGGCACGUUGAUGGUGAUUUUGAGAAACUCCGCUUUGGCGAAUGUCAGGUCACCUUGGUGAUGAAUGUGCACAGAUCAUGUGCGUUGACCGCAUUUCACUUGCGAGUAGUUCGUGGGUGAUGUUUGUUUCCACUUUACGCCCAAGGAAAUCAAAAUCUUCUUUUAAAAAGAUUAUAACAGAUGCGUCUUGCGAGUGAGAAAUAUCGAAUACAACCCCCUGUGUGUUGGUGUAACAUCGCCGUAAUCCCCUCCUAAACUCUGCUCGCGAUUUAAACUUCAUUGUGACGACGGUGUCAGUAACAGCAACAUUGUGGACGUGCAAAAGAGGCAGUUGGAAUGUUUUAAGAACAAAGCGUUUUGAAGAGCAAUUAUAUUUUCAGCCUAAUAAGACAGAAGCCACAGUAGUGCGAUUGUGGCCAUGCAACACAAACUGUGGACCCAUACUGCUAAACACUGCAGUCCCUGUGCUCCUUCGAUGGAAAAGGAGGAACAGCAAAACGACACCAACUCUCUCUGCUGAAGCCCUCUCGUUGUCGCUAGCAGCAGACCUCGAUAUUGGUAUUCGGCUCCUCGACGUAUUGCCGCCAUGUAUGUUGAACUUCUUUCGCACCGUACGUAGCCAACCGUGCUAAUCUUAGGUGCUGGGGAAGGGGGACAACAAGCUUCAACUCAAAAAGCAGUUCUAAAGGGAAUUCGGAGUCUUUAAUCUCGAGUGAGUUUUCAAGCCAUCAUAGCGCGAGAAGAGAAUUAACAGCAGAUGCCAGUUCAAAUUUUACAUUGUGAUUCGGAUUGCAUAGCCACAAGGUGGUCCCCGCUCUUGAACCCUCCCCCCCAUCACUGACGGCGGAGAACAUCUGCACCCGGGGGCGACCCCAUGGGACGACUACGGUGAUGACUCCACCACAGACGGCUCGGUGUCCCCGGGAGGGACCUCCGUGGCCGCCCGGGGGGGCACCAGACCAGACCGUAUUUGAUAUUCGUGCCAUAUUUCAAGGGGGGGCAAUUUUUCCACCCAGGCUCUCGUCAACCAAUUAAUGCCGUCGGAGACUGCUUAGACCAAAUGAAGGUGGAAAACUUGGCUUAUUUAUUUAUCAUGCGAUUGGAUAGGAGGCGGGGGAGGAGUUGUGUCGUCAUGGCGACCGUGCUGAUGCCACCCACCCAACUCGACGACUCCUGGUGAGGACGUGGCCAAGCCCACGAGCAGCUGCUAGGAAAUGGAACAUGGGGCUGGGUUACUUCAGUGUUGGCUCAGCACUGCUGCUGUUUCAGCGAUGAUUGGUAUAACCCCCCCCCCCCCAGCCUUCUCGAGUCACCCGGCCACGCCGGGCUUGACCCCCAACUCGAAUGAAUCGAUCAUUUAACUAAACUAUUGAAGCUAUUUUUGAAGCUAUUUUUAGAUUUGAAGCUUUCGUGACUGCAAGGAUUCAUACUCUUAGG